AUGGCAAACCGAGCAGAAACUCUGGAUGAGAACAUCUUUACUAUUGCCGACCUCAAGCGAGAGGGUAGCGCAAAGAUGAUCAAAGCGCACAGAGGCAGGUCGGAAGAAAAAUACUACAACGAGGGCGCAAUGGAAAUGGAGUCACUUCUGGAUAAUGAGCAAGCCUACAGAAGAUACAAGAUCCGGCCUCGCAUCCUGGUUGACGUAGACAGACUCGACAUGUCCACAGAUAUAUUCGGAGUCAAGAGCUCAAACACAGGUCCCUUUCCCCUUGGCUUCAGCCCGUCGGCUAUGCACAAGCUUGCCCACCCUGAAGGAGAAGUCGCCACCUCAAAGGCCGCCGCAAGUCAAGGGAUAUGCAUGGGCCUAUCUUCGUACUCGACCACCUCGCUCGAAGACGUCGCUGCUCAAGGAGAGGGAAACCCAUACUUUGUUCAGAUUUGUGUUCUGAAGGAUCGUAGAACAACGCUACAAUUGCUCAAGCGUGCAGAAAGAUAUAAAGCUGUGUUUGUCUCUGUCGACGUCCCCGUCCUGGGACGUCGACUGAACGAGAUGCGAAACAACUUCGUUCUGCCCGAGGAGAUGGAGUUCCCCAACAUACUCUCCAACGGUAAAGCCGAGUUCUCUGGUGAUAAUGAGGCGACUGCUUACGGUGAGCGACAUUCCAAACCGUCUCGAAAUUGUAUGCUGACUGCCGUAGAUGCCAGUCUCAAGUGGGAUACCGCUAUCCCCUGGCUCAAGGCGAACACAAAGAUGCAAAUCUGGUUGAAAGGAGUAAACACGGCGGAGGAUGUGGCUCUGGCGAUUCAACAUGAACUCGAUGGCAUUGUCAUCUCCAACCAUGGCGGUCGACAACUUGAUGGAAUCCCGGCAACACUAGAUACACUACGCGAGUGUGCUCCGAUAGCCAGAGGUAGGAUCAGCAUCGCCGUAGACGGUGGCAUCCGACAAGGAUCCGAUAUCUUCAAAGCAUUAGCCCUCGGAGCCCAACAUUGCUUCGUCGGCAGGGUCCCGAUCUGGGGUCUUGCGUACAAAGGACAGGAAGGGGUCGAACUUGGGAUCAAGAUCCUCAUGCAAGAACUUGCGAUUACGAUGCGGCUGGCGGGAUGUGCGCGCAUUGAAGAUAUUACGAGUGCACACCUUGCUGUACUGACAAGAGACGGGAUACUUGCGAAACUGUAA